CAGCUCGGUUUACAAGAAAUGGUUAAAACAGCAGCCAUCUCGUCUGGACUGGGAUCGCUGGGUCAUGAUGGGAAUCAUUGGAUUCACUGUUGGUUUUGUUGGGUUUUUAAUGCAUCAGCUGAUUGACGUCAUCGCAGAGUAUGUAUCACCAUACCCAUCAACUAUUCUAACUUGUAUUUCAUAAAAGAAAGAAAUAACUCACUUGUUGUGCUGUGUUAAGUAAUAAAGCACUUGGGGAUUGGAAGAAAGAUCAAAUUGUGCUUUUCCUAACAUUUCUUGUGUUUUAUGAUUUCACGCAGGAUUACACACUUGAUUCUAAAAGCUGGAGGGAGAUUUGAAAAUUUAGUGCAUAUUAGUAAAAAGUGAGAUGUGCAUGGCUACAGCCCCCGUCUAGCAAUACGAAUAGAUAGGUUAUAAAGCAGACCUUAAGAGCAAUACUAGCCCUUUACCCAAGUAAGUCCAACAAUAUCUCACCUUAUCCAGGUCAUCAGGGCUCCUGUUGAUAUCACUAGUGUCCUUUGGGAUUAAGUGGGAAAAAGCAUCAGAGUACAUCAAGGACAAAGAUUUUGCCCUGGCAUGGAUAUGGGUCAUGGGUUACAGUGUGCUCUUUAUUAUAGCAAGCUCUCUUCCUGUUGUGUAUUAUCGUCCUUCUGCCGGAGGCUCUGGUAUUCCAGAAUUGAUAGGAUUCCUCAAUGGUACUGUAGUACGACAUAUAUUUAAUGUCAAGACAAUGGUGGUAAAGUUCUUCUCAUGUGUUUGUGCAGUGGGUGCUGGGCUCCCUAUUGGACCAGAAGGACCUAUGAUUCAUCUAGGGAGUCUGAUUGGUGCGGGUAUGAGUCAGUUUAAAUCAGAGACUCUGAAGAUAAAUCUGCCAUUCUUUGAACGUUUUCGUAACACUGAAGAUAGGCGUAACUUCAUAUCUGCUGGUGCUGCAGCUGGUGUUGCAUCAGCAUUCGGUGCUCCAGUAGGUGGUCUUCUGUUCUCCAUGGAAGAAGUGUCUUCUUUCUGGAACAUGAAGCUAUCAUGGCAAACGUUUUUCUGUUGUAUGGUGUCAACAUUCACCACUGAUAUUUUCAAUUCUGCUUUUGAGGGAUUUCGAUAUCAAGGAGAUUUUGGUUUGUUUAAAACCAACAAAUACAUUUUGUUUCAGGUAAGUCGUGGUCUUGCCUUGAACAUCUUGGCCUUUAUUCCUACCGUUAUACUUGGUGUUUUUGGUGGUUUACUAGGAGCUCUUUUCACGUUUAUCAAUCUCAAGAUAGCAAGAUUUCGUCGCUAUCACAUUGGUACCAUCAAGUCCAAAGGAUGGAAAAACCUUGCAAGAUUAAUGGAACCUGUCAUCAUUAUGAUCGUCACUGCCACGGCUUCUGUGUUCCUGCCAGCAGCCUUCUCUUGCACACCGUUUGAAUGUGCCUUCUCAUCAAAGGGUUACAGUCCCAGAUGCUUGUCAUCCAGCCAUAGUCCUCUGCACACAGAACGCUCAGUUAAUAACUACACUUGUCCAAAUGGGAUAGCCAUUACCUACAAUGGCACUCAGUUUACUAAUGCGUCUUUUAAUGAAGUUGCUACUCUUUUGUUUGUAACUGGUGAACAAGCUAUACAUCAUCUGUUCUCAAGAGGAACACAUUUUGAGUUGGGUUAUGCGUCAUUAUUCACCGUGUUGGUGGUGUAUUUCCUUUUAGCUUGUUGGUCUGCGGGUAGUGCAGUGUCUAGUGGUCUGGUAGUCCCUAUGCUGUUUAUUGGUGGUGUAUAUGGUCGCAUCAUCGGUCGGGCCAUGGUAGAUCUGUUUGGAGUACACACCUCAGGAUACUGGGCGUGGAUGGACCCUGGUGCCUUUGCACUGAUUGGUGCUGCCUCAUUUUUUGGUGGAGUGUCAAGGCUGACCAUGUCUCUUACAGUCAUCAUGAUGGAGAUAACAAAUGAUAUUCAAUUUCUUCUUCCCAUCAUGGUUGCUAUCAUGGUUGCCAAGUGGGUUGGUGACUUCACUACGCAUCCCUUGUAUCACGCUCUGCUGGAGUUGAAAUGCAUUCCUUUCCUAGAUUCUGAGCCAAUCAUAAUCCACGAAGGAUCAACAAGCAUCAAUCUGGAGCUGUACCGUGCUUCUCACGCCAUGACAAAGCCGGCUAUUGUUGUAAACAAAGUAGAGAGUGUUAGGCAUUUGUCGCGUCUUCUGUUGGAAACUCCUCAUGGCGGGUACCCUGUGGUACAGAAGGAUGAUUAUGAUGGAUUAGUGUUUGUAGGAAUGAUAUCAAGAAACGAUAUAAGCAUCUUACUGUCACGUGAAGACAUCUUUUCAUCACGAGAGAACUUGUUAGUGAACCAGGAAGAAAUGGAUUUUAGUGGCAUAGAUUAUUAUCUGAUGAACAAAGGUUACAUUCCUCACGCUCUACAACUGAAUGAGACGUUACUUCGCUACGAACAAGACCCACGAUACGAUGAUCUCUUCAUAGACUUGUCUCCGUACAUCAAUGACUCUGCACCAUCUGUACAAGAAAGCUUUUCUCUUCAUCGUACCUAUAUUAUCUUCAGGACUCUGGGUCUUAGACAUUUGGUUGUAGUUAGCAAGAGUAACAGGGUUAAAGGUAUCAUUACUAGGAAGGAUCUGAUGGGUUUUCACCUGGAAGAAAGGAUCUUACAGCAGCUUCAUGAUCAUGGACCUACAAGCAUGGAGCUAAGAGCAAGUGCUUCCUCCGAUGUCAGCUUUGUUUCAUAGGAAUUAUAACAGUUGUCAAUAUUAUGAUGUGAGUUACCAGCCCUUGGAAGAACAAGGACUUUGAAUACUAAGUGUAGCUUGAUGAUUAAAUACAUGCUGUUAAUAUGCACACAGGAAGACUAUAGUUUAACUACUCAACCUAGUACGAGUACAAUUCCUUUGAAUCAUACAAAAACCAUGGUAAGAUACAUCACUAUUCUAACAUGUCACAUCAGGUCUGUGCCGUAAGUAUCAUAAAAACAACUGCCAGUUUGUAGAAUCUGUUUUUAAGUUUUUAGCAAAUAUUUUUAUACUUUUCUUUGAAUCAAAGUGUAGAUCCUUGAGUAGAAGUCAAAGCAUAAUGAUAAAAUCUUUAAAAAAUGGGAUAUCAAAUAAAAAUAAAGAUAUAUUGUACACACAUUUAUUUCAUAUAAAUCUAAUAUUGUUUACUAGGUCAUGAUUCAAUAUAUUUAUGGUUAAUAGUACUUCGAUGUCAAUUCAAUGGAUAUUCAUUGAUAUUAAAUUACCUUUGAAUUGACCUUGAAUAUCCAUUGAAAUAUUGCUACAUUUGGCUUGCUAUAUACAUUCAGGUAUAACUGAAUUCUAGUAAAACUCAUUUCACUUCCAAACAAAAACAGGUUGUCAUUGAUAACUAGUAAUUAAAAUCUCACUGGCAAAAGAAGUCCACCUAAAAUCUGCAAAUUAUUAAUAAACAGUAAUAAUGUAACA